GGCGAGGAUGCAGAGCCAUGAAGCCUGAGAUGCUCCUCCCGCUGCUGCUCCUGCUGGUCCUCCCGGCCCCCCCGUUGGCCUCGGCCAAGAGGGGCUCCUGCCCGCAGUCAGAACCUGGCCUGAUCACCACGUGCGAUGUGCGCUGUAGCUCUGACAGCGAAUGCCCAGGCGACAUGAAGUGCUGCCACUGGGGCUGCAGCAUCAGAUGCAUGAAGCCGGUGCUAGCCAAACCAGGUGUCUGCCCCAGAAGAAAGGUGCUGCAGACCUUCGCCCCCUGCACAAACUCAUGCCGUGAUGACUCCGACUGUCCCGGACGUACCAAGUGCUGCUUCACGGGCUGUGGCCUCGGCUGCCUUCCUCCCAACAGAGGGAGAUACGGGGAGUGACCCCAAGGAGGAAGCAGCGCUGGAGCACAGCAGGGCCCCUCCGUGGGCUCAGCAGCCUGGGGGCCGGGGUCUGUGGUGAUGCUGGCUGCCGUGCUCUGCCCCAUGCAAUAAAGUUGCCAGGACGCCUGGCUUGCAGCA